CUCUUCACUAUAUAAAUUUACUUAUGUGAAAGUUACGAAAUUAUAACGUGUUCUUGAGAUUUGUGUCGGCAGCUUUCCUUUUUGCUCUCUUGAGAUGAAAACAAUGGUGAACUCUGGCAAGGGACAGAUGCUCCGCUGUGUGAUGUUGGGGGACGGGAUGGUUGGGAAGACCUCCCUCGUUCACUCGUUCCUUGGGUAUACCUUGUCCCCUACCUACACCGCUACCGUGUUUAUGGAUAAUUACAGUACUCACCUGAGUUUGGCAGGUGUCAAACAUCGCCUUCAAAUUACGGAUCUCUCCAUUGAGGAGGACCUUCACGUGAGACCAAAUUGUCAGUCUAGUAACUUAGUAACAGUCGUCUGCUACAGUGUGGUCGACAAGGAUUCGUUCCACAACGUCAGGUCGUUCUGGUUACCUAUGGUUCGAAACAUCAACCCUCAACUCCCAAUCGUGCUGGUGGCCACACACUCGGACCUGAGGUGUGAGAACAACCUUAACCAUGUCAGCGAAGAGGAGGGCCGCAAUCUGUGUAACGAACUCAAUGCCUCGGCCUUUGUGGAAUGUUCAGCUGUUCAGAAGACAGGAAUCACCAAAAUGUUCGAGAUUGUUGCCGGACUUUCUCUGCGACUCAGUGUGAGGGACAAGAAAUCUAAAACCAGUCAAAGGAAACACGUCCGGUGAAGCCCAGUCUUCUGACAGUAUAGCUUCUUUCUGUCCAAAGCUGCCAAAGCUUUUAUCACUGCAGGACCAAUGUCUCCUCACGUUGGACUAACUGUAACGGUGUAAACCUCAUUGUAUACUCAUCGUGUACACGCAGCCAUCGUUCUGUGUUCGCCAGACGUUGUACCCGUCAUGAGAGAGAGAACUGUGAGCCUGGAGAAUACUCACAGAAAUGACAGUAUCCGUCGUUUUUACUGAUGUGCAAUAUUAUUGUCAUUGAUGAAGCUUGAUUUAUAAUCCACAUCCUUGAUUAUGUUAAUCAUGAUUACGGUUAUGCUUAGUUGGUGCAUUCAAAUUGUUAUAUUUUGAUAUAUUAAAUCAUUUUUAUCUUUAA